AUGGUUGGAAACGUCUUCUUCUUACUUUUGGUCUCCGUGGCUACCGUAGCCGCCGAGUUGGGCUGUGAACCUGGGUGGACGCUGGGCAAAGGCACUGAUCAGUGUUACAAGCGCGUCGAGGGCCUCGCCGACUACGACAAGGCGUUCGAAAUCUGCAAAGGCCUCGACGCCGACCUGCCCAACAUUCACUCGCAAGCCGAGAAUGACGUGAUACACUCAAUGGAAAUACCCAACCAGCUCGUUCGACUUGGUGCCAAGCGGAUCAGCGGUGAAAAAUAUGAUUUCAUGUGGACCAAUUACUCGCCAAUGGACUUCAAGAAGUUCAACGACUAUUACAUGGACAACUCGAACGGAAAUGAAAAUUGCUUGGAUAUGUCGCACGGAGAUACCUGGAACGACAUCCCCUGCCACAUGCCCGAGCUGGUCGUGUGCCAGAAGAAAGCCACUCACGUAUCGUCCGGGAAA